AUGGCUGCCAUCUACCGAGAGAAGGCACAACGGAAUUUAUCUGACAAUAAUCCGUCUGGAGACAUACCCUUCUCGGUUUCAAAGCUUAAAAAUCUUGAGGUUUUGAAUUUGAAGAACAAUCAGUUGACUUGUCAUAUCGCUACAACUCUUACCCAAAUUCCAAACCUUAGAACUCUUGAUCUUUCUCGGAACCAGCUCACUGGUGAAAUACCAAGGCUAAUAUCUUGGAAUGAAGUUUUGCAUUACCUUGGAUUGCGAGGGAAGACACUACUAGCCAGAGCAAUUGCAAGCAAGAGAGAUGCUAACUUUCUAAAGGUUGUAUCAAGCGCCAUUAUUGAUAAGUUCAUUGGUGAAAGUGCAAGAUUGAUAAGGGAAAUGUUUGGUUAUGCUUGUGAUCACCAGCCCUGUAUCAUUUUUAUGGAUGAGAUUGAUGCUAUUGGUGGACGACAUUUUAGCAAAUGGACCAGUGCGGAUUGUGAAAUCCAGCGAACACUCAUGGAGUUGCCUAACCAGUUAGAUGGAUUUGAUCAACUUGGGAAGUUUGCAAGUACUGAAUAA